AUGUUCCCAAAUGUUGGUGGUGGUAAUGGAGGUGGUCGUAAUGAAAACGAGAGAAUUGACUGUCUAGCAACGUAUGAAUAUGUUAAAACACCACCAAAAAAUCAAUCAAAACAAAACAAAACUCAAUUCAAUUCAAAAACCAUCAAUCAAUCAUCAAACACAAACCAACUUUUGUUGUACUAUAUCGACUUGGAAUUAGAAUACAAAUUUUUAUGGUUGGACAUUGAUCCAAUACCAAUACCAAAACCAACAUCAACAUCAUCAAUCAUAACGAAAACAUCAUCAAUAUCAACAUCAUCAUCAUCAUCAUACUACAUUGGACCUCAACAGAACAAUACUGAAGGUUUACCAGAUGGUUCUAAUGCUUUUAGAAUUAAUAUAGAUGAUUUGGAAUUUGGACCUGAAAUUGGAAAAGGUGCAUAUGGAAAAAUUUUUAAAGGAGAAUAUUUUGGUACACCAGUUGGAAUUAAAGAAAUAACAUUAUCACCAAACAAUUCACAAUAUAAAGAUUUAGUUAAAUUCAUUCAGAGAGAGGUGGCAAUGCUGAGAUUCUCUCAUCCAAAUCUUGUACAAUUUAUUGGUGUCGCAGAGAGAGGUCAGAAUUUAUAUAUUGUAACAGAGUUUGUUUCCGGUGGCGAUUUAGCAUACUAUUUAUUUAAGAAUAAGAAUGACGAUACCGAUACCUUUAUGAGUAAGAAGGUGAAUAUCGGUAGUAGUAGCACACCCGACUUGGACACCUCCAGCGAGCGACUGAUAGCUAUGAGUUGGCCGUUGCGCAUCAAGAUUGCCUACGACGUUGCCUGUGCCAUGGCGUAUCUGCAUUCGCGUCAUGUCAUCCAUCGUGACUUGAAAUCGACAAACCUGCUGGUCUGUGAGAGUUGGAAGAUCAAGGUGUGCGACUUUGGAUUCGCGCGAACCUCCUACACCGGACUGAGUGGUCGCGCCAAGCGAACCAUGACCAUUUGCGGUACCAACAACUGGAUGGCACCGGAAGUAAUCUUGGGCGAGGAAUAUAAUGAGACAUGCGAUGUAUUCUCCUAUGGCAUUGUGUUGUCUGAGAUCAUCACCCGUUUGGAAACCACCAGUUUGUUGCGUCCAUGCUCUCUCAAAUACGGAUUGGAUGUCGACGUGCUGUUGCCACUCGUUCCCAAAGAUUGUCCACCACCUUUUCUCAAGCUUGCACUGGAUUGCACAGAAUACGAUCCAGACAAUCGUCCCACUUUCAAAGAGAUUACUGAGCGUCUCAAGUCGCUGACUAGACGUCUCGUUGUUUCAUCUAUUCUCCCACCACUCCGAGUGCUCGCUCCAUCGCCCAUCACAUCGCCACUGACGUCGCCACAAGUAAGUCGUCGCAUUCCACGUCACGAAGAAACUCCAUCGCCACUAUCGAUCUGCGAUGACAGUGAUAUUGAAUCCGACGAUGAAACAGAAGAUAGUUUAGAUGAAUAUAAUAGUAAUAAUAGUAAUAAUAUAAAUAGAAAUAGAAAUUCAAAAAAUAACAGUAGUAGUAAUAAUAGCAAUAACCGAAAGAUGGGAUACAUUAUUAAACAUACACACACAGCGGAUCUCGAAGUUUCGGCAAUCACUCCGAUCUCUUGCAGUCCAAACAACAGAUUAUCUCCAAUUCCUUUUUCACCUCCAUCGUCGGCCACCACCUCCAAGUCACCGUCACCAUCCGAGCUGUCACCCUCACUUCUCAACCUCAAUGCUCUUUCCUCGACCUCCACCGUUAGCUGUGGUCCGAAAUCACCGAAACCUCACUCGCCACUGCGACACAGCACUCUGCCAUCAGACUUUUUACCGAUUCCAGCAAAGUCGUUGGAUGGUAUCAGCAACAACUGCUCGCAGCAGCAGCAACAACAAGAUAAACAACAGAUAUCACCUCGUACUCACCAACCAAUAUCACCUCGUGUCCAUCCUACAUCUCCUCGAAUACAUCAUCAUCAUCAUCACCACCACCAUCAUCACCAUAUAAAAACAUUUGUAAACGAAGACGACGACGAUGAAGACGAUGACGAUGAAGACGAUGACGUUGCCAAAGAAAUACAACAACUCUCUAAUAAUUUACAUCAUCAUAUAUGGACACCAGUAUCUAUAUCACCAAACAACUUGACAUCAGUGUCACCGAAUCACAAACUUAUAACUCCAACUGUACAUUUAACAAGUAAUAAUAAUUUGACAAGAGCAGUUCAUAGCUAA